AGCAAAAUGCAUUUCAAAAAUGAAUAUCGUAGAUCCAUAGAUGAAUACAAAUCUGCUGUACCAAUAAAAAGAAAAAUGGGUUUUUACUGGAUUUUGGCAGUCUUGAGGAUCAUUUUAACACUUAUUCCUCAAACGGGGUACAUUCACCCAGAUGAGUAUUUUCAAUCUAUCGAAGUCAUAUCUGGUGAUCAUUUUGAUAUUGAUGUUAAUAAACCAUGGGAAUUCAAUUCGACAUUUCCCAUAAGAACUGUUUUAAUACCACAAAUUAUAGUUGGUAUACCAUAUUCAAUUUUAAAGAGACUUUCACAAUAUACACUUUUCUAUUUGGGUGUCUCAUUGAAGUCACCAUAUUUUCUUAUAUUAUUCCCACGUUUAUUUAUGUGUUGCUUAUCUUUUAUAUCAGAUUAUUGUUUGUAUAAAAUCUGUUACAUAUAUGGACAAAAUUAUAAGAUAAGACUGAUUAUUUAUGCCAGUUCCUAUAUUAUGCUUGUUUAUGCAACUCAUACACUAUCAAAUACUAUUGAACUAGUACUAACAGCCUUAUUAUUAUAUUAUACAUCAUGUUCUAUGGCAUAUUCAGAAAAGGUAGUUGUUCAAAGUGACUAUCUAUUAGACAAAUAUAAUAAGGCAAAAUCUAGAAUAGAAGGACUAAAAUAUUAUAAACUCAAAACUUCAUUACCUCCACAUUCUCUAAAUCAUUGUACAAAAAUUGCAAUAAUUACUGUAAUUGGUAUAUUCAAUAGACCAACUUUUAUUGCAUUUGCCUUUGCUCCCAUCUUCUUUUGGUUGCAAAGAGGUUUAGGUUCAAAAUGCAUAGGUUUUGGACAUUUUCAUGUUCGAAUAUUCACCUUUAUUAUCUGUGGAAUACCCAGCACUGUCUUCUUUAUUCUAGUUGAUAGUUUUUAUUUUGGUUAUUUAACAAUAGCAGAGAUAGGUAAUCGUGAUAUUAGCAUGAAUAACUUCGUGGUAACGCCACUCAAUUUUCUCAGAUAUAAUUCAAAUACUAAAAAUCUACGGGAUCAUGGUUUGCAUCCUCAUUAUUUACAUUUUAUAGUAAAUGUACCACUUUUAUAUAAUGUUCUUGGAAUAAUUGGCCUUCAUACAUUUGGCAAAAUGUUAUACAGUGGUUUAAAAGCACAGUGGUUAAAUUUGCCACGGAUACAAAGUGUUGUUGGUUUAAUGAUGAUAUCCUUUAUUACACCUAUUAUAUUAUUAUCAAUAUUUCCUCAUCAAGAGCCUAGGUUUAUUAUACCAACAUUAUUACCUUUAGCUUUCUUGUAUGCACCAAAUAUAAAUCAAACUUCAGGAGUUGACACUAUCGCGUGUAUUGCGAAAAAUAACGAAUGUCGAAAUACUUUCCCAACAAGAAAUAGAAUGACUAAACUGCAGAUCUUUUGGUUCAUAUGUAAUAUUGCAUUAACGUUUUUCUACGGAUUUGCUCAUCAAGGUGGAGUUCUACCUUUAUCAUCUCAUAUAGCAACUGAACUAAAAGCAAAACCAGAUCUUACACAUAUACAUCUAUAUACGUCACACACUUAUUCUAUACCAACAGCUCUCCUACACUUAAGAAAUACCAAAAAGACAUAUGUAAGUAGUGAAAAUCAUAGAUAUAAAUUGUUAAAAGAUUUUUACCUUUAUGAAGAAGGUUCAAAAUCCAUAAGAGAUGUGUGUAGCAUUAUUUCUUUGAAACUUCGUGAAUGUGAAUAUAAAUACAUUACAAAAAAAGUACCAUAUAGAUUAUACUAUGCUCUUCCUGCUACAGAUUUGGAAGAGUUCAUAUUUAUCUUAAAUAGUACAAAUUUAUUCAAUUAUCAUAUUGCCAAUAGGUUUUAUCCACAUGUUACAGUUGAAAAAUUGCCUUUUUCAAAAGUAAUUAAAAAUAUUAUAUAUUUGACAAAUUUAACAACAUUUUCAAUCGAAAAAUUGACUAAGAUUAUGGAUAAUAUAUUUGAAGCUUUCCAACAGUUUCAAUUACUAUUACUACGAAUUGAAUACUUAGCAGAUAACAAACAUAAAAAUGUACAUAUAUUAUGGAAGGAAUUACUAUGA